GAAAUCAUCCAACAAUGGCGGCUUAUGCAGCUCUGGUUUCUCUUACGCAUAUCAUAGACAACCUCCAGCUUCAUCCCCACCCUCCUAUUUCUCUCAGCAAAACACAACUCCAUCUCCUCACUCCAAAGCUCACAUUCCUGCUGGAAUUUCUCGAAUGCUAUAAUCCCCUUCUUCCCUACGCCACAGAAGCAGAUCCUUUCGAGCGCCGCAUCGCAGAUGCAGCUCAUACCGCCGAAGACGUAAUUGAAUCUCACAUCGUCGAUCGGAUCACGAAUGAUGAUAAUUUCAGUUCCGAUGUUUUCGAUCGAGCUCUAGAAAAGGCAAUUGAAGAAAUGGCGUUGAUUGAAAAGGAGGCUGUUGAAAUUGGAGUACGAAAUCAGCUGAACAAAGUGUCAACGCCUUCAAAUUCCUUGAGUCCUUCGUCGAUUGCGCAGAAGAUUAGCAUGGUGGGUGCUGAUGAUGUCAAGCUUCAAUUGAUGGAUAAACUCACUGCCGAUUGCCGUGAUCUCCAAAUUAUUCCGGUUGUAGGCAUGGCUGGAACCGGUAAGACCACUCUUUGUAGAAACAUUUAUGGAGAACGUUUUAUUAAGGAGCAUUUUUAUAUUCGUGCUUGGGCUACCAUCUCUCAGGAAUAUAGCAUUCUAGAAAUUUUCAUAGCAGUUCUUCGUCAGCUAAAGCGUGAAUUUCAUGGAUCUUUGAGUGAAGAUAAGUUAGGUGAAAUGGUGUAUCAGUAUUUGUUUGGUAGGAAAUACUUGAUCAUAAUGGAUGAUAUGUGGAGUACUGAGGCGUGGGAUAGAGUUAGGAGAUAUUUCCCGGAUAACAAAAAUGGUAGCCGAAUUGUAGUAACGACUAGGCUAUCAAAUUUGGCCAUUGAGCUAGCCGGCUCUAAUAGCGUUGAGAUGAGGCUUUUGGAUGAGGCUAAUAGUUGGGAUCUGCUCUCCAAAACUGUGUUUGGUGCGGAAAGUUGCCCUCUUGAAUUGGAGGAAAUCGGGAAAAGAAUUGGAAAAGGUUGCAAAGGGCUUCCAUUGUCUAUUGUUGUGACCGGAGGAUGUUUGGCGAAGUCCAAACAUACAAGAGAAUUUUGGGAUUAUGUGGCAGAAAACUUAAAUGCAGUUGUGAAUUUAGAAGAUAACGAACAUUGCUUAAAGAUAUUACAUAUGAGUUAUAAACAAUUGCCGGUGUAUUUGAAACCAUGCUUUCUUUACAUGGGAGUUUUUCCAGAAGAUAAAGCGAUUCACAUAUCAAAGCUUGUUAAGCUAUGGGUUGCCGAAGGAUUUCUAAAGCCCGUGGCUGGAGAAAGCUUGGAAGGUAUAGCAAAAGAGUACUUAAAUGACCUUAUCAGUAGAAACCUCAUCUUGAUUCAUGAACUAGGCAGCACCGGAAACAUUAAGUAUUGCAAAGUUCAUGAUCUCUCGAGAGAUUUCUGUCUGAGAGAGGCUCAGAAGGAAAGGUUUUAUAGUGUAGUGAGACAACAUACACCUCAAGAAACGAUGAACGCCCAACACCGCCUUGUUAUUUCUAAUAGCACAGCGCAGGAGAAAGUGUCGGAUGCCUUGCAGUCAAUGUCACUAGCUCGUUCUUUGCUAUGGGAUUUUAAGGAAGCACCACAGUCACUAAAUUUUAGACUGCUAAGGAUAUUGGUCGCCCGUGGUUUUCUAUCUACUAAAGCAUAUCGACUAGAAGAAUACAUGCUUCAACUAGUUAAUUCGCGAUAUCUAGAUAUCAGGGCCCAACGGGAGCGGGCACAGAAAUUCCCUUCUUCAAUCACUCUACUUUGGAAUCUACAAACAUUGAUUGUUGACACACUCCAAGGCCUUACUGCACCAACUGAAAUCUGGCACAUGCCGCAAAUUAGACACAUCCAUUUGAGAGGGCUGCGUCUCCCAGAUCCUCCUAGUGGCCAAGGUGACAUUAUCUUGGGAAACCUACAAACACUUGUAACGAUAAAAGAUUUCAAGUGUAGUGAAGAGGUGGUUAAGCGAAUUCCCAAUAUCAAGAAAUUGCGAGUAUCAUAUGAUAGAAGUAGAAGUUCUUAUCUCAGCAAUCUUGUAUGCCUACAUAAACUGGAGUCCUUUGGCUGCUUUUCUUUUCCAAAGAGCAGAGCUGACUAUAUGGAGAUCCUCCACUUCCCAAAUUCGCUCAAGAAGUUGUCUCUACAACUUGGAUUUCGGGAAUUUUGGGAAGACAUAUUGGAAAGGAUAGGUACAUUGCCACUUCUCGAAAAGCUCAAACUCUACUAUGGUAAUUUUGGUAACUCCUCGUGGGAAACAAGUGAAGGGCAUUUCCGCAGCCUAAAAUUCUUAGAACUUCAUAGGUGUGAUGAACUAGAAUUCUGGACAGUGGAGAGCUCGCACUUUCCAUGCCUUGAACACCUCGUGCUUCAUGGAUUGUCGUUGCUGGAGGAGAUUCCCUUAGAUUUUGCAGAAGUAGUGACACUUGGAUUCAUUGACUUGAAGUUUUGUAGUGAUUCUUCUGUCAUUUCUGCUAAAAGAAUACUAGAGGAACAGGAGGAUUUGCAAGGGGAAGUAAGCCUUCAAGUCCGAGUUAUGUUAUCAAGAAAGAACGAAGAGCUGGAGAGUUUGGCAAGUCCUAGUUUUAUUGUGUUGAAUGCUGGGAGUAACUAAGGAUUCAUCUAAAGAAUAUGGAGCUGAGAUUUCACUAAUGCAUAUGGACUUGGGAUCAUUCUUCCUGUGAAUUAUAGUUUGUUUCACAUAAGUAGAUCAUCGAUGCCUAGCAUCUUUCUUGUCUUAGCUAAAAGCAAGUGCAAAUUUAAUCUGGAGGUGAGGUAGCUCAUCGAAUUAUGGGUUGCUGAUGGAGUUCUAUAACUAUGGCAUUUAUUAGUAGAAAGCUUAGGAGAAAUAGCAAAGCUUCACUUUUCUUCAAUAUUACUUGCGAUAUAACACUCUUAAAUGCAUUUUUUCCAUCAUAAUUGUGAGACUUAUCAAUCUACAAAAGAAACUAUAUUCAAAACUAAUGUAGAAUUAUGAUCAAAUUGGCCUAACCUUUAACUGAGUGUUCUCUCCACCUUUAUUUCAUAUAGAAAUAAUAGAAUUCUCUUACUACAGUAUUUCCACUAAAGUUUCUCUUUUAAACAGAGUAUGAAUGCUAGCUGUAAAAGGAGACACUAAAGUUUCCACUGAGGCAGAUUGAAAAGAGAAUAUAUUAUUGAUAGAAUUUUGAGAAUACUUAUCUUCAUUCACUAUCCUCCCAUACUCUGCUUUUCUCUUUAACUCCAAA